CGAGCUGAUGAAGCCGGCGCGGUUCUGGCGUAAGUUCGAUAGCUCGGCUCUCUCCAAAGAAGCAGGAACAGCGCUCGAGCGAGGGUCUCCUUGCACGGUGAUGGCGGCCAAUCAACCGCCUCCUCCCAAGCCGUGGGAGAACCGGCGGCUCCAUCAUCACCAUCCCAAUUUAAAAGGAAAAUAAGGUUCACUACUUUACUACUACUCUAGUAUACUGAUUAAAAAGAACUGAUGAAGAACAAAAAGGAAAAUUCACUGUUUCACUAGUGGAGUCAGUUACAAAAGAAAAGCCCCAUCGACCAGUUUAAAGCACAAGGACAUGUGGCUGUUAACCAGAGCAGAGGGGAAUCUGCCACAGUAUAUAUUUGCCAAUUGGAGCAGAGAUGCCUACUUCAAAUGAGAUCUGCUGAUGUAGGAGUCAGUCAAGUGACUAGACCUGGACAGCCCACACUCACUCGAAUUCCGCCUCCUAUUCUGCCAAGGCCUUCACAACAGACUGGGAGCACUGGUCUUAAUACCUUCAGGCCUGCAUAUGGUAGCUCUUUUUCUGCAGGCUAUGGCACAUAUGGGAAUUCUUUUUAUGGAAGUUACAGCCCAUAUAAUUACGGAUAUGGUGGCUUGGGCUACAGUCGUUUUCGAAUGGAUGAUAUUCCUACUAGUCGAUUUGUUCAACAAGCUGAGGAAAGCAGCCGGGGUGCAUUUCAGUCCAUUGAAAGCAUAGUCCAUGCCUUUGCCUCUGUCAGCAUGAUGAUGGAUGCUACAUUUUCGGCUGUCUACAAUAGUUUCCGAGCUGUACUGGAUGUUGCCAAUCACUUUUCCAGGCUCAAAAUACAUUUUACCAAGGUAUUUUCAGCCUUUGCAUUAGUCAGAACUAUAAGGUAUUUCUACAGAUGGCUGCAGAGGUUACUGGGUAUGAGAAGGAGCUCAGAGAAUGAUGAUUUAUGGGCGGAAAGCAAAGGAACUGUCGCCUGCAUUGGUCCAGAAGAUAAGGCAGCUAACUCUGCAAAAUCCUGGCCCAUUUUCCUAUUUUUUGCCGUGGUUUUAGGCGGUCCCUACCUUAUAUGGAAGCUACUAUCCACCUACAGUGAUGAUGAAACAGUUUCCAGUGACUGGGCCAGUGGAGAGGAUGAUCAUGUUGUUGGAAGAGCAGAAUAUGAUUUCAAUGCUAUUUCAGAAGAAGAAAUUUCUUUCCGUGCAGGUGAAAUGUUAAAAUUGGCACCCAAAGAACGACAACCCAAGAUACGUGGCUGGCUUUUGGCCAGCCGUGACGGUCAAACAACAGGACUCAUACCAGCUAAUUAUGUCCGAAUACUUGGUAAAAGAAAAGGGAGAAAAACCUUAGAGAUAGAGAAGAUUGCAGAGCAUCAAUCCUCAAUCAGCAAUACUUCUCUGGGUCAAGAAAGCACGACUGCUGAUGCUUUGGAGGAGCAAGAGGCUGCUUUUGAGUCUGUUUUUGUGGAAACAAACAAAACCCCUGUCAAAUCAAACUCUCCUCUGCUUAGUGGAAAUAAAGACGAUUUUUGAUGUUUGAAGAUUUAUCAGAGAUAUUGGACUGCAUUCACCAAUAAUACUUUAGGGUAGCCAUUUGGUAGUAAGUAGCAAAACGCUAAAAUUAUUGACACUAUCCAGGUAAUGUGCUAUUCACACCUGGUAGCAUCAGGCAUAGGGAUAUUUGUCAUUGGCUGUAAAUCCUGUUAGGUUCAUUGAACAUUAGGCUGUUGGGUAAGGCAUGCUAAGGGCCAUUGUGUGAUCUCAGACAUUGGUGAACUGUAGAGUCAACAUAUCGUAUUCUGAUCUGAAGAAGCUGACAUUAAGGCUUCAGAUAGAUCCUGAAGCCACUUUUUGAAGUCUAAAGAAUCUGCUCCAUAUAGUAGCAUUGUGGUGAAAAACUGUUUUCAGAGGUUUUGACUGUACCUUGUAUCUGUCAUUUUUGUACAUUUUUGUGAGAUAUAAGGAAAAAUGUACAGGGUUGAAACUAAUGUGCCCACUGGAUAGAAACAAAUAUAUGUAAUAUGCUUUUAAAAACCAGUAAAAAGUCCAUCUAAUUAUAGUUCUACGGUAUAUACUGAUAGAUUUCUUUUUAUAUGCCUCAUUAUGAAAGCUGGGGAUUUUUUUACUGCUCUAUAGCAUUGCAUUUGAAGCCUGAUGUAAUCCUCUUAAUUUGGAUUGGAAGUUACUUGCUAUAUGUUAAAAGCCACAUUGCCACAUGUUCUUCCAGAUACAUUAUGUAACAAUUUCCCUGCAUCAUUUUACUGAAACAUGUUCUGUCAAGAAUACUUCACAAAGGCUCAAGCUCAGCAUAAAUUGGCAAUAUCUAUGUGUUUUAAAGUUAAUUAUGUCAUUGUCGCAUGCAGUCUGAGCCUAGUGAUUGAUAAAAAUGAUAAAUACCGGUACAUGGUUUUCUGUAGUUAGUUUCUUCAGUUGCAAAUGCCAACUAUGUUGUUUCACUUACCAUUCUGUUUAGUAAAUCUGUAGUAAUUGCUCUAGUAAGAAUGUUGAACAUGGCUUAUGUAUCCAAAAUGUAUGAGGUGUUGUUUACAAAGCCAUAUUGAUAUGAAGAUAACACUUCUGCUCAUAAAAAUCACAUUUUAAAGUAGUGAUAGCUUAAAAUACUUUGAACUUACAAUGCAACAAAAUUAUAUAUUAAUUUUUUUCUCUAUUUUGGAAUAAAUGUAUUUCCAAAUUGAAAAAUACAAAUUGAUAUCCUUAAUUUUAAAUUAAAAUUCUUCUAUACAUAUUUUAUUUGCAGCUUUGCUACAAACCUUUUUUUAAGAAUUCUAAACAGCUUUGUAUCUUCAGGCAAAUUACAGCACAGAACAAAGAGCUCAAAUGAGUGUACCUUAUGUGGAAAUACUUUUUUCCUCAUACUUUUCAUAUUUAGUCAAUCUGCUAAGGACCUUGAGAGAAGAUUUUUUUUUCUGAUCCCUUUCAUUUAGUGAAGAAGCAGUAAUUUCUAAUUAAAAUAUUUGAAUUUGUAAUUUGAUAAGAUUAAUAGCUAAAAGCCACAGAAAUGAAAAACUAGGAUUAGACUCAAGGUGGGUCGGACCUGAAUAAUCAAUUGCACACAUUUCUUUAUUAUUAACAUGGUUAUGGGUUUGCAUGAAGCUCUGCAAUAUAAAUUGGUACCCCAGUUUUCCUCCAAAAACAUGCUAAGAAAGUUAGAUGUUGAUAUGGAUGUUGAUAUGGAUCUAGUACCUAAAAUCAGAUGUUGAUAUGGAUCUAGUAAAGAUGUUGAUAUGGAUCUAGUACCUAAAAUCAGUUUUUCUUGCCUACUGAUUACCUAACAUCUGGUGGUAAAAAGAGUAGAUUCCAGAUUGUAACUAACUUUUAAAUCAAGGUUUAAAAGAUUUGAUUUUUCUGAUACUUUACUAUUAUAAAUGUGUUGAAUUCUAAUAAAAAGGAUUAUCCACUUUCAA